AUGGCAACAGCACCCACUUUAAAUGUACUUGUUGAAAGUGUGAGUAAAAUUUUACCGAUUUCUACACCAAACGAUGUUCGUGCAGUUGUCCAGGAAUCGUUGACAUCAAUGGAUGUUAAAUCAUAUGGAACAUUAAUUUUUCCUCAUAAUAAAUCUCAUCAAGCAGAUUUUAUUCGUGUACCAGAUAAUAUAAAUGUGAAUUAUGUUAAAGAAUUCUUAUAUCGAUAUUGCUGUCACGAACGUCCAUCACUUGUUAUAUCGAUAACCGGUGGUGCAAAAGACUUUGAAAUGAAACCAAAAAUAUUAAGACCAUUUCGACGUGGCCUUCUUAAAGUUGCUCGAACAACUGGUGCAUGGAUUAUUACCGGUGGCAUGAAUACAGGUAUUAUGAAACUUGUUGGUGAAAUUGUUCAAAUAAAUCCUGAUCCUUCACGACCCAUUCCUUUAAUUGGUAUUGCUACUUGGGGUUAUGUAUCCGGUCAUGAACAACUCGAUGCUCCGGGUAUACAUGCAUAUUAUUCUAAAUUUCUUAGUAACAAAAAAGGCGAAGCACCACUUGAAUCAAAUCAUACAAAUUUUAUUUUUGUUGACGAUGGAAGUGAAAGGAGACAUGGUGGAGAAAUAGUGUUUCGUAGUAAACUUGAAGAAGCUAUUUCAGAUGGAUUUUUCUCAUCAAAAACUCAAACAAAUGCUUUAACUCUAUAUCGAAGUUUUUCUGUAACUCAAUCUCUUCCAACCGAUUCUUCAGAUAUAGUACCAGUGCCUGUUGUUCUUAUCGUUGUUGAAGGUGGUCCCAAUACAGUUCGAACAGUUAAAGAAGCAGUAGUUGAAAAUAAUAUUCCAGCUGUUUUGCUCGAAGGAACAGGUCGUUGUUGUGAUUUAUUUGCUAAAGCACUUCACCUUUAUAAAGGACAUUAUCAACAUGAUGAACUUGCUAAUGAAACAUUAAUAAACCGUGAUGAAGAAAUAAAAAAUAAACUUCGUGAAGAACUUAAAGAUGCUGUUUAUGCAAUCGAUGGUCCAAGUGAUCCAACAACUCCAACGAAUAAAAGAAACGACUCUUUUGAAUUAGUUUAUGAAUGUCUUCAUAAACGAAGAAAUUUCUUAAAUGUGAUCAAUCUUAAUUCACGUGAUUCAAUUGAGCUUGAUUUUGGCUUAAUUAUUUUAAAAGCACUAUUAAAUGCUACAUCGGGUAGUGAUACAUCUAAACAAAAUAUGCAAUGUAAACUUGAAAAACAAUUAUAUUUAGCUUUAGAAUGGGAUCGUGUGGAUAUAGCUAAAGAUUUUGUGAAAAAUGACGCUGACUGGAACAUUAAUUUACGUGAAUUAUUUCUAUUGGCACUCAGGCGUAAUCGAACAGCAUUUGUUGAAUUAUUUCUUGACCAUGAUUCUUCAUUAAUGAAUAUAUUUAAUGAUCCGUCUGAACUUCGUGAACUUUAUAUGGCUACUGAUGAAAUGAAAGAAUAUCAUGGCUUAUCAGGAGAGUGCGAUACCCCGCUAGGAGUCAUACAUGAAGUAAUUCAACAAUUUGUAGAAGAUCAUUUUGAAAUUACUGAUGUACUGUCUCCAGCAAGUAUGACACCGAAUUCUGAAUUAAUUAAUGAAAAUGACGAUGAAAUCAGUAUUUGUUGUGGACGAAAACAUUAUCGAAAACCACCAGACAAUGAGUAUAAUAGUAAUGUACAAACGGAGAGAUCAACAACUGAUACCGUUACGCACAUUAAUGUUGAGAAAGAACUUUUCCUCUGGUCGAUUAUAGCAGGUCGACGAGAUUUAGCAUUACUAUUAUGGUCUCGUGGCAAAAAUAAAAUUUGUGCUGCAUUAAUUGCCAAACUAAUAUAUCAAAUUCAUGCUCAUAGAAAGAAUGAUAAUAGUUAUUAUGAAUCAGCCGAUGAAUUUGAAAAUUUAGCUGUACAAAUACUUGACAAACUUAAUCAAACAAAUGCUGCACUAUGUAGACAAGCCAUAAUACGACAAAUACCAGCUUAUGGUAAUGCAAAUUGGUUAGAAUUAGCUGUUGCAGCUGAUGCUAAACAUUUUAUUGCUCAACGAGCUAUACAAACUAUAUUUAGGGAAAUUUGGUUUGGAAGUAUUGAUCAACGAGUAACUAAUCGUGCAAUUGUCUUUUCAACAUUUAUGCUUUGGUAUAGUGGAUUUCUUUCUUAUCAAAACGAAUUAGUUAAAAUAGAAGAUAAAACAGCGCUUCACAAUGAUUCAAUAAAGAAAUCAUAUCUCUAUGAAAAAUCCAUGUCAAAAACAGUAUAUAUUGGUGAUAGGUGCAAAACUAAAAUCACUCAAUAUUUUUCCAAUAUUGGUAAAUUUGUACGUGCUCCAUAUAUUAAAUAUCUUUAUAAUUUAUAUUUCCAUGUGAUAUUUUUAUUACUUUUCUCCUAUUUAAUAUUAUGUGACUUUUUUCCACUCUAUGAUUUUCAAGAAUAUGAAUGUGGACCAUCUCAAGAUUCAAAAGCUGAUAAAGACUCUGUUACUGCCAAUGAUAAUAAUCCAUCAAUUAUAAAUCAUACAUCAAGUAAUAAUCAAUAUAAUGCUAGUAAAUCAAAACCAUACGGAUUUCAGCGCCGUAAUAAACCGUCUAAUAUUGAAAUUCUACUUGCCAUAUGGGUUUUUACAUUACUUUGCGAAGAAAUUCGACAGUUAUGGUCAAUCAAAUCACAAUCGAACGGAAAUCCAAUAAUGACUUAUUUAAAAACCUUCUGGAAUAAAUUAGAUGUUUUAUCUAUAAUAUUAUUUUUCGUUGGUUUUAUACUUCGUUUUAUUCCCGUAUCAGAAUGCUUUUGUGCAGCACGUAUUGUUCUAUCAAUUGAUCUAUCACUUUGGUUUAUACGUUCAUUGGAUAUGUUUGCUUCUGUAAGACGACUUGGACCUAAACUUGUUAUGAUUAGUGAAAUGGUAAAUGAUAUGAAAUUUUUUAUAUUCGUAUUCUUUGUAUUCAUUCUGGCAUUUGGCAUACCAUUUUAUGGAUUAGUACAUGGUGUAAAAAAAUUUUCAUGGCAUAUGCUGCGAGAAAUUGGUAGUAUUGCGUAUUGGCAAAUAUUUGGAGAAUUAAUGGCAUUAGAAACAGUCAAAGAUAAUUAUUCAGCAACAGGUUACGCAGCAUCUAUUUUACUAGCAGCCUAUAUGUUUAUUCUUGCCAUACUCUUGGUUAAUUUACUUAUUGCUAUGUUCAGUAAUACAUUCGAUCGUCUUCAUGUUAAUGCAGAUCGUAUCUGGAAAUUCCAACGAUAUUCAUUAGUGUGUGAAUAUUUAGCACGUCCAGCAUUGCCACCACCUUUUAUUUUCUUUUCUCAUCUUUGGCGAUUGAUGUGGUAUAUAUUAGCAUGUUGGCGUAAAUCAAAGUUUAUAAAAGAGAAAUAUGCGCAACAUGUAGCUGGAACUGAAUACAAAAUUUCACUGGAUGAAAAAAAAUCAGCAAAUAUUGAAAUAGUUGAAGAUGCACUUGGUGAUGAAGUUUAUUUUAAGUUUUUAAAAACAGGACGACAAUUAGUUGAUAAUGCUGACCUCGACGAUCAACUAUCUCAACCAACAAAUGAUAAUGUAUCAAGUAUCAUUCGAAUACUUGAAAAUCGUAUGCAAAAAAUCAGUACUCAACAAGCUCAAUUCUCUGGAAAUCUUGAACUAUUAAUGGAUGGUUUGAAAACAUCAGAUAGUGUCCGUAGAUCAAAGAAUGCAACACAUGGUCAUAUUUCAGAAUCAUUACUUCUCAAUUCUCACUUACAAAUUUCAAAAACAUAA